UGCACUCACUCCCAUAUUUUUUGAACAAGUUAGACAAGUGACGCCACAGUAACGUUUCUUGUUACUACUGUACUGACUGACCGUAGCCAUAUUGUUAUUAAUUUCGAGGCAGCAAGCGAGCCGUUGCCCACCUACAGCAAGAUAUAGGGAGGGGGCGACCGUCAAGUUCAGGAUUUCAAGCACGAAACUACAAGAUACCUGAAAGUCAACACUACUGGUCGAAGUUAACGCCAGGUGAGGCAAAGAUGGUGGACCGGCUGGCGAACAGCGAGGCCAACUCCAAGCGUAUCCAGGUUGUGGAGGGCUGCUUCGGCGCUGCGGGCCAACCGCUCGCCAUUCCGGGCCGCGUGCUGAUCGGCGAGGGCGUGCUCACUAAGCUGUGUCGCAAGAAGCCCAAGGCACGGCAGUUUUUCCUGUUUAACGACAUCCUGGUGUACGGAAACAUCGUCAUCCAGAAGAAGAAGUACAACAAGCAGCACAUCAUCCCCCUGGAGAGCGUCACGAUCGACACGGUGGACGACGAGGGCGACCUGAGGAACGGCUGGCUGAUCAAGACGCCCACCAAGUCUUUCGCCGUCUACGCCGCCACAGCUACGGAGAAAUCCGAAUGGAUGAGCCACAUCAGCAAGUGUGUAGGAGACCUGUUGGAGAAGAGCGGCAAGGCGCCCACCGGCGAGCACGCCGCCGUCUGGAUACCGGACUCCGAGGCCACCCUGUGCAUGCGCUGCCAGAAGAUCAAGUUCACACCGCUCAGCCGCCGGCACCACUGCCGGAAGUGUGGCUUUGUGGUCUGUGGGCCGUGUUCGGAGAAGAAGUUCCUGCUGCCCAGCCAGUCUUCCAAACCGGUGCGUGUCUGUGAGUUCUGCUACCUGCAGCUAGCAUCCGCAGGAGGGGGGAUGGGCCUCGGCCCGCGCUCGGACUCCUACAGCCGGUCAGGGUCAAAGUUCAACAACGUGUCGGACGACGACGACGAGGAGGACAGCAGUGACUAAGGAAGCCCCUCUGACGUGGUCUCUGCAGUACUCAUUUAAUCUGGGUCUUUUAGGGUUAAGUUGGAAUCCCUCCGCAGCUUAGAGUAAGGGUAGAAGAAUUCAUUCAUGACACAACAGUGCUUUGGAGUAACAUUCAACAUUAUAUUCUUCUAGCUGGAAUAAAUGUUUUUCUACCUUUUUAUGCAGUAAAUGCCUGAUUGGUAAUUGUAAGUUUGGUGAAAACAUGGACAAACGUAUUGCAGACUGGCUGCUUCCUGAAUGCUGUACUCCAGUCCACACUGUGUUGUCCAGGAAUCAGUGGACCUCAUUAGAGUACAGAAGGAAAGUGAUGCAGCACCUGGCCCUGUUCUCUCUGCUGACGGAAUCCUCUCCGAUUAUCUUGAUUUUAUUUCUGCUUAUUAAUACUUUCAGGCAUUUUAUUUUUGGCCUAUGAACCUUAAAUGGUGCGUUUUGUCGCUUCUGCGUCUGUACCUGCAGGGAGAAGGGAUAGCUUUCACACAUGCUUUACAUCAUCUGCCCACCCUUUGAAAUCUUUCAGGUAAUAUACUCCAAACUAUAUUAGGUGCUUUUUUCCGGAUUUAACGGCUAAAGUAUUUUUCUAAACUAAAUCACCCCUUUAACUAACCACUCAAAUGAUUACACUAUGCAAAGCCAGAAACUAUAUCAUCUGUAUCUUUAGUUGAUCUAUUUAGUUUAUGACAAAACCGCUAAAGCUUUCUUAUGAUUGUAUGAUGGCGCUCCUUUAGUUGUGUCUUGGCGUCAGUGGUCGCCAACUUUCUGUUUUUGUUGAAGAGAUUUUCUUUACACCGGAGCUCGUAAUCACAUGUAUUGGAAAUGCAGAUCAAUCAGAAAUGUUUACCUAACAGAGGCCUUCGUUUCACACAGUGCCUUCUGAAAAAGUAAUGUUGUCAUGGGCAUGACUCUGUUUAAUGGGGAAAUGGUUCAGCGUAUACCUACCAAGAAUAGAACGUACUGUAACUUGAGUUAAGAGGCUGUGUUAUGUUGGUAAAACCCUAAGCUGGAUAAUGGAAGUGGGUGGGUGGGUGUGUGUGUGUGUGUGUGAUUGGACAUUGUCUUUUUGUGUGUAGAUGCACUAGAAAGCUAUUUUUCUGUACAAGUCUUAGACAACAAUAUGCUCCUAAAAAUACUUUCAUGCAUUACAGAAUACUGGCCUGUUGUAGAUGGGUAUUGUCAGGUAUUUGUACAUCUGAAACAUCUGUCAACCUUCUGGUUGUAGUAUCCACUCUGGAGUGCUACCUGUGUCCAGUGUCUUAGUUGACUUCUCACAAUGUGAAUUCUUCCUAAUCGGCACUUCAAGUUCCAUGAUGUCCUGACUCAGAAAACAAACCUCAACUGAACUUGCAAGACUACAGAGGGAAGCAUUGCAUAACUUUCUGGAACUCAGUUAACUUUCUACCAUUGACUUGUCUCUGAGGAACCAAGAGCGUCCCUGCCCCCACAUACUACAACUGAAUGUCCUUAUAAGGUGCAGCCAUUAACUCACAAACCCCCAUCACCUUCCUGUGUCUAGUUGUGCAGUACACAGUAAUAGUUCUGGAGUAAUUGUGAAAUGCACUAAUAAUUUCAUGUUUUCCAAUUUGGGGCAGACAGAAUCUAGGCAUAUUUCUCCUGUGUUUUCUUCUGAAUUCUUUUGUCUUUUACUUGAGCAGUCAGGCGUACAGGUGGCACAGACAUGAACUCAAUUAGGAUGUUUUCAUUAUUUCUGUGUAGCCUAAUGUUUCUCCUGAGAAGUGUGUGUGUGUGUGUGUGUCAGUCAUUGACAGAAGGGAUUCUUGGUAUUUUUUUUAGGUGAAUUUCUCAAAGCUGUAUCUGAAUAGGACUGUAAUACAGUACUUUGAUAUUGAACUGCAACUCCCCUGCUGUCUCUGAUUAUACCACUUUGCUUAGCAUUAUACUCACCAUCAAACAAAUCUCAAGUGUUGCUGUUGAUCCUAUUUGUAAUGAUUGGGCAGAUCUACUGUAUAUUGACAACAAUUCAUACAAUAAUCAUUAGCGAUCAUGUUUUUCCUUGUUUCAUAGCAUCUGCUUAUUAUUUUGAAAUUAACUUUUAUUUUUAUUCUGUUGAUUUUGUACAUUUGUAUAGUGUUUUCAGGUCUAUUUUGUACAGUAUACUAUGUAGUUAAACACAAAAUGACGCUUAUUCAAGUCACCUUGCGCUCAUCUCACCUUAAGUUAUGGACCGGAUUAAACACCAGCACUUUACACUUGCUGUCUUUUCUGGUUAAGGGGUUGUAAGCAAGAGCAAGGCUUCAGUUGAGACCAUUGUAACUGUCAGGAAUAGAUUUCCUGUUUGACAUCACCUCAGGAGAGUGAGCGAAGGCCACCUACACAACCUGCGAUUGUACACCCAUUCAGCAGAAAAACGCAGAACUGAGAGAACAAUGUGAGAUUUCUGAAAGAGAGCAUAGCGUGUGUUUUGAAGAUGUUCAUUUUGAAAGUUCUCUCAAUUGCAAUUGAGUCAUAUUUCUUUUGUCUUCAGAUUUGUUCUGUUCUAAUUCAAAAAUUCCUUAAAAGGCAUAAACCUGAAUGGAAUCCAGCAUAUCAUCAUGAGAUUACAAAAAUUCUCUGUACAGAAUAUAUGUAUACACACACUUAUACAUAUGUGUUUAUAUAUAUGUAUACACAUAUGUAUAAGUGUGUAUAUAUGUAUGUAUGUAUGUAUGUAUAAUAUAUGUAUAGCAUUGCCUAAAAUCUGUUGUCUUCAAUGGGUUGCUGGCAGAUGUCCUCCCAGUGGAAUGACUAUUUAUCAUAGUGUUUAGAGUGAGAUUGCUAGUAGGUGGUGACUCAGGGAGCAGAGAAAUGACUGCUCUGACAUCAUGGUCUGCCUGGUGGUCACAUGGCCUGUAGAGCUUGUGAUGGUCACCAUGCCGUAAUCCAGUGGCAGAACUGGUCUGUCAAUGCAGUUUCUGUGAUUCAGUAGGAAGCCCAGAACAUCCUGAGCUACAGUUGUAUCUUCCUUUUGCUUAUCUGGACCUUAGUGCUGAGGUGGGUUCUAUGUAGUAACAUUUUAUUAGCCACUACGUUAUACUCAGAGCGUGACAGAGUUGCUAUCUUUGUGCUGCUGUGGCCAAUUCUAUCACACUGUUGAGGAAUUCUGCAAGGCUCUGUAGCAAGGUUUAUUGGAAUGGUAUUGUAAUCAAAUUAAGCCAUAUUCAUAUCUGUCUUUUUUAAUUGUUCAACAUUUAUACCUUUCUGAUAAAUUAUCAUCACAUGGCCCUCAACUAAGCUUUGUUGUUUCUUGAGAUAAAGCAGAGAAAGAUUAAAUAAGAAUGGGGAUGAUUCUUUGUCAAACUCACAAAUCCCCCUAAAUUAAUAAAUUGAGCUUCAAGUGGUCCAAAACAAGCACAAAAUGUAAGCAUUUACUGAAAUGUUGGACGGUCUCUCCCUACAGGUAUAUCAAAGACAACAGCUCUUAGUAAUCUACCUUGGUGACCUAGUGGGAGCCAGGCUGGGCCUUCUGAUGAUGAUCCCUAAGUCAGAGUCCGACAAUACACCUGCUGCUUAACUUUUACAGUUUUUAUUUCUCGUCUGGGUAAAGCUGAAGUGCUGUUGAAAGAUUACGAAAACCUCUCAAUAGUGUGGUGGUGUGUGGUCCAUGGAAAAGCAAAACCACUUUGAACAACAGACCUCUGUUGUGGGGUGUUUUGUGUGAAAAUGAGAACUGCUUGUGUGUGGCCAAGUAGUUGGAGGUAGGAGUAGUUGCUGGUCCUGAUAAUUUUUAUGUAAUUAUAAAAGAUACUUCAAAUAAAAUAAUCUCUUACUCAUGUCACUAAUUAGAUAAUUGGAAUUAUGUUUUAUAAAAAAGGUUUAAUACAUUUUUCAUAGUUUGGUGUCACUUAAGGACUUUGAGUAAAAUAUGUAUUGUCAUUGUUGCUCUGAACGUUUCAGACGUGAAACAAUGCAUUCAUAUUUUAUAACCUUUCCACAAUGUUAUCACAAAAUAUUCAUGUAACAAGCCUGAGCCCUGGUGGUCCGGCUGAUCUGGAUUCUACCCGAGGACUCUGGACAGAGCCCACCUGUAUGUAUAGCCCCUUGGUUCAUCUGAACUACGUCAUGUUAAACAGUAAUGUACUCUUCACCCAUCCCAGCCUGAAGAGGAAUGGCCGCUGGCUCUGGUUUCUGGCUCCGUAGUUCUUCCCAGGUUCUGACCCUGAUAGUCUUUCCUUUUCAAAUGAUUUGUAGACUUUAAGCAUGUGACUG